UCUUCGACGACUGUUGCGAUGGAAGAAGUCGUAGCCCGAGUAGGCAACGUCGUGUUCGAGCUGGAGGUGGCCCUGGAUCGACAGCUCGGCGCGCUGCCGCUGCCUUUUCCCGGCAUGGACAAGUCUGGAGCAGCCGUGUGCUCUUUCUACCAGAAAGGCAGCUGCGGCAAGGGAUCUGCGUGCCCCUUCCGGCACGUCAAGGGCGACCGGACAGUGGUAUGUAAGCACUGGCUACGCGGUCUAUGCAAGAAGGGUGAUCAGUGUGAAUUCCUUCACGAGUUCGACAUGACGAAGAUGCCGGAAUGCUACUUCUACUCGCGUUUCAAUGCAUGUUCUAACAAGGAGUGCCCGUUUCUGCAUAUAGAUCCCGAAUCAAAAAUUAAAGAUUGCCCCUGGUAUGACAGAGGCUUUUGCAGGCACGGCCCGCUCUGUCGCCAUCGACAUACACGGCGCGUAAUGUGCAUGAAGUAUCUUUGUGGAUUUUGCCCCGAUGGACCCGAGUGCAAAUUUAUGCACCCAAUGUUCGAUCUACCUGCUCCAGACCCUCCGCAACAAGGAUUAAAGAACAUUGUGUGUCAUUACUGUGGUGAGACCGGGCACAAGGCACUGUUUUGCCAAAAGGUGCCCGGUGAUACACGCGAGGAGCAACAAUUUCAUGUGCAGUUAAUUAGUCACCUCAAGGGUGCCCACCGCUGGGAUCACGGGUAUGGCGGCGGAACUAUCACUGGACGAGGGAAACGAACCUUCAGACCUCUGGAUCAAGUCACCUGCUACAAAUGUGGUGAAAAGGGACACUACGCCAACAAGUGCCCCAAGGGACAUUUGGCUUUUCUCAGCAGUGCUCUCCAAGUUUCUCCACACGUGUAA